AUGGCCCACAUCGUUCCAGGAUUUGAGUUUGCGGAUAUGGUAGCCGCACAAACUGCGGGAGUGUCGAACAAGCGAAAGUUUGCAGUGGCGUGGCGGAACUGGAAGUUCAUUGCUGUGGACGAAGACAUGCUCAUCAAGGGCGCUAGAUAUGAUCCAUUGUUCGAAGAGAUCAAGUACAAGGCGAAGCAGUUACAGGCCCGCUACAAUGAACGGGAGGCAAUCUUGCAGACCAUCACUAGUCCUGUCAAUCGCGAGGUGACCCGCUAA